GCCCAUCCCUAAUGUUAUUUGGGCAAGGCUGUGUUAAUAAAAGCCCAUUUCUAAAUGUCAUUUGGGCCAAGCCUGAAAUAUAACUCAUUACAAGCCCAGCAAUCUGGCCGAAGUUAUGGAGACAAUAGCGUGGAGUAGCUUCUCUCUCCGAGUCAACCCACCGAUUCAAAGCUGCGGCAUCGAGCUGUCAAUUGUUUUUUACUUCCAUUGUUGCAGAAGGUGAGUUACUCUACUCAAAAAUCAAAAUCCACGCGGCCCCAGAUGGUUGUUGUUCUUCUCCGAGCUUCAGUUUUCGCGAUCCCUCAACUCCUCGAGAGCCUUCUCUUCAGGUGAGUAGAAUUACAAAAAUUAUGUACAACAAUUAUGUCAGCUCCACUGUAUACUCCAUCCGGAGCAAAGGGCCUAUUUCCCAUUGCUUUAAUGAGCGUCCCAUCUUCUUAAAUGAAAGAUGUAAUGGAAACCACCCAUUGAAUCUUUCAUCAUCAUCGUGUUGUUCUUGUUGCGUUUGUUAUGCAUUUCCAAUCCACAGAGUGGCUUUAGGCCCUAGCAUUUUCUAUGGGCCGAGGCAAUCCACCCUUCUUCAAUGGUCGAUUUCUAGAAGGUUGAUGUUGGGUGGCCGAAACCGGUUCUGUUACACGCUUCCGGAGUAUGGGCGUGUUCAGGGUUGUUAUGAGGUACCCUACUCCAUUAGUGAUGGUAGGAGUUGUCAUUGUAGUGAGGGAAGGAGAUACAGAAGCUGUUGUAUGAUUUCUGAGAGUGAUUGUGGAUUUGAUAGGUCGGAUGGAUAUGAUGAAGAAGACAUUGCUGAGGCAAUGAUCAGCUUGAUAGGGGAGGGUUUUAGUAGCCAGGAAAAGAUUAAGUCAUCUAGGGGGGUGGAACUGGGGAGCCGAGGAAAGUCCGGGGCUAAGGAGAGAAGUAUAAGUUCGUCGAGAAGAGUAGAACUGGAGAGAAGGGGGAGAAGAGGUGUUCAGGAGAAAAAGUUAAGUUCAUUGGAAAAGAUAAGAGUAGACAGAAAAAGAGAGAGCGAUAGUAGAGGUGAUGGAGAAGAGAGGAAAAUCAAUAAGUAUGGUUCUUUAAAUAGUAAACAAAGUAAUAGAGUUGGAUCAAUUGCAGUUGAGUUGAGCAAAGAUGGAUAUAGACGGAAUGGAGAUCAGUUAGUUCAUUCAAGAGGUGACAGUCAGUGUUUAAGAAAAGAAGGGUCUACUUGUUCAUCUUAUUAUUCACUUUCCUCGUCUGGGGAUAUUGAGAACGAUGCUGAAGUUGAAGACAAGAAUGUGCAAUUUGUGGAGGAAUCGUCGAGUGGGUACAGAUAUGACACGAUGAGUGAUGUGGGAGAAAGAUUAGAUGGACAGAUCAAGGAAGAGUUCAAGAGACAAGGAGACAAUUUGAAGGAGCGAGAAGAGGAAUCAGUGCUAGGUGAUAUUACGAUAGGGAAUUGUGCUGAUUGGCAUUUGAGGAAGAACUCAGAGAAGAAAAUUAGUGAAGUAUCAACAAGAGUAACAUCCUCCUUAAAUGAAAGCUCUGAGAUGAACUCAAGAUUGUCAAAGACCAGGAAAAGUGGCUAUGAAAGUACUUCAAGUUCCAAGAAGAAGUUGGUUGACAAGGAAGAGGAAUUGAAAAUGGCAGUGACUUUGAAUGAGCAAUCAAAACAAUAUGAUGUAUCGGGUAAGAAAGUUGGUGGUGUGUUUAUAAAUGAAGGGAAAAAACUAGCAGAAGUAUCACAAAUAAACAGCAGUAAUGCAGAAGCAAUUUCUAGUUCUCAGAAAAGACUUACCAGUGGGAAUGAAAACCUAGAAUUAGAUGCAAAUCUCAUAAAAAAAGCAAGCAGCGACAAUCAUGAAACUGUUGGUCAUGUCCAUAAAGAAAAAAUUUCAAGGCGAAGUUCUUCAUUUCAACAACUUUUGGGAGUUUCAGAAAAUAGGAAAAUUGAGAGAGAAAGGAUCUCUCAUCAGACAAGUCAGUCUGAUGCAGUGAUAAAUGCAGGUGAAAGUACAGAUGUGCUUGUAACUUCUAAUCAAGAGAUUGAAGAAAGACAUCGUCAAAUGAGAAAUCAUGCCAUUGGAGAAAAGGAUUCAAGACAAAAUUUUCUUCAUCUUGGUGUUCUAUCAGUAACCAAAGUGGGCAACACCAACACCUCUGUUUCAAGUUCUGAAAUUAGAAGACGAAAUGAGGAACAAAAUGCAGUAUCGGUUAAUGCAUCAAAUCGUGUGGCUAAAGACAUAAAGUCUUCGACAGAUCAAAAGGAUUCUCAGCAAGUUAUGUCCAGAAAAGGUUCCCGAGAUGCCUCUAACAUUUCAGUGGUUCACGCUACCGAUAAAUUAUCAGCUUCAUCCUCUGAACAAACAUUUGAAAAUAGAAUUUUCAAGCAAGAAACUAAUAAAUCAUUAGUGGAAAAAACUGUCGACGAAACCAAUAGAAAUAGUCAAAAUAAUGACCGUGUGGUGCAUACUGAAUUGGGAAAAGAGGCUAAAAAUCAAGUCAAAAAAUCAAAAGUUCAAGGAUCCAUGAAUUUAAUUUCCCAAAGUAGUCAUCAACGGAUUGGUGUAAAUGAGGAAGAAAAUAAAAGCACACAGGCAGUGUUAAUGCCUCCUCCAUCUCAGCUUGUAGCUAGAGAUCCAUUGCGAGUAGAUUCUACUAGUGAAAUGGCAAGCCAAGUAGUAUCCAGAAGAACAUCAGGAAGCAGUUCAGGUGCUCCCUACAUGCAGUCACGGGGAAGUCCAGCUUUGCACUCUAAAUCUUAUAGAGAAAGUGGGGCAGAUGAGAGUACUGGGGAGCCUGUAUACCUUAUUACUCCUGAUGAUUCUCUAGGUUCAGCUGACCGUCUAGAGAGAUCGUCUGCACAGUUUGUUGGAGAGUUCAUUGAGAAGUCCAGGAAUGAACUCUUAAUUUCUGAAACCCAGAAGGAAGAGGAUAUCUCUGAAGUAGAUUUACUCCAGGAAGAGAAUUAUGGGCAGAAGAUUUCUGUAGAUUCUCAAAUGAAGGACCAUGACUCAAGGCUCUCAUCACGGAGCUCUGGAACCAAGGGUCCUUCUGAUGAGAUGUGGCAUGUAAUGGACUCAACUACUGAGCAGCCUCCCAAAACUGAUGAUCCUGAGGUUAGUGCACAUAGUGAAAAUGCAAUUGUCAAGAGAAGUGGUAGGUCUUUGUGGAACGUCAUUUCAGACAUAGUUCAUCUCCGUUGGAGUUCACGUGCUGAAACCUCUGAUUCAGCUUUAAGAUCAGGUGGAAGGAAUUCACCAAAUGAGUCUGUUAGUAAUGAGACAUGGUUUUCUGGCCGUGAACAUGAGGAGACUGAUAACACAAAAAUGGGAAGAACCACUUCUUCUUCAGUUCAGCUGGAAGAACCAAAUCCUUCUGCCCGGAGUCCAGAUUCAUCUGGUGAUAGGAAAGAAAAAUAUAUAUAUUAUGAAGUAGAUACCCCAUCUUCCCCAAAUAUAAUGGAGAGGAAGCCGUCAGGUGGGAAUUUGUUGGUUUCUGGAGAAGUUAUCUUGACAGAUGGUGGGAAGGUUGACGUUAUUUCUUCUGGUUUGGAUAUAGAACAGUCAUCAUUACCAUUGCCUCCCCAAGGCAUGAGAAGAUCUCCAAUUAUUGAAGAAAUUUCUCGAAGUGGUAAAGAUGAUGCCUUAGCAAGCAGCUCUGCGGAGCAGUUGGGACGUUCUUCUGAUGCAACAUUACCAGAGAUAUCAACAACUGGAACCAAGGAUGGGGAAGUGAAACAAAGGAAGCUUCAAAGGAACAAGCAAGUUCUAAGAGAUCGGUUUGAUGAAUGGGAAGAAGCAUACAUACUCGAAAGUGAGCAGCGAAAAAUUGAUGAAAUGUUUAUGAGGGAAGCACUUGCUGAAGCCAAGAAGGCGGCUGAUACUUGGGAGGUGCCUGUUGGAGCAGUAUUGGUCAAACAUGGAAAAAUUAUUGCUCGUGGCUGCAAUCUGGUGGAAGAGCUUCGAGAUUCCACAGCCCAUGCCGAAAUGAUCUGCAUUCGGGAGGCUUCAAAGCUAUUAAAGACGUGGAGGCUUGCUGAGACCACCCUCUACGUGACACUUGAGCCGUGCCCUAUGUGCGCUGGAGCGAUACUACAAGCUCGAAUUGAAAAUCUUGUGUGGGGAGCACCAAAUAAGCUUCUUGGAGCUGAUGGCAGCUGGAUCAGACUUUUUCCUGAUGGUGGGGAGGAGAACGUCUCAGAACGGCCUGAGAAGCCAGCACCUGUCCAUCCAUUCCACCCGAAGAUGACGAUUCGACGAGGUGUAUUGGCAUCAGAAUGUGCAGAUGUAAUGCAACAAUUCUUCCAGCUAAGGAGAAGGAAGAAGCAAAAGAAAGAAAACACUCCAUCUCUAUCCAUUGCACAUCACCCAUCAAAAUUUCUUACCAAGAUGCACCAUAUUUUCCACAUAUUGUUCUGUUUGUAAUGGAAAUGAUAGAAUUCAUACGUCGUUUUGUACCUAAGAAUAAGCAAGCAGAGUAGUAAAUUGAUUUUUCCUUUGUCAA